AUGCUUUCAUAUCUUACAAAGUCCAGGUCAUUGCUUGGCCGAAAGAUUUCCCAAUGGCCUCGAUGCUACUCCCAAGGCACAUCACGCGCAUUAGAUCCUCUGCGCAUUCUCUUCUGCGGCUCGGAUGAGUUUAGCUGCGCUUCUCUGAAAGCUGUCUAUGAAGAGCAUAGCCAAAACAAGGGAUUGAUUGAAUCGCUAGAGGUUAUGGCUCUGCCGCCAAAACGUUCAGGAAGAGGGUUUUCGUCUCUGAAACAAGUGCCUUGUAAUUUACUAGCAGAAGAGUUGGGAUUGAAAAUACACCAGCAAGCAACGUUCAAAGGGUGGAAUCUACCUGAAGGAACAGAUCUAGUGAUUGCUGUGUCGUUUGGACUUUUUGUACCGCCAAGAAUAUUGGGAUCAGCCAAGUACGGUGGUCUUAAUGUGCAUCCUUCUCUCCUCCCCGACCUCCGUGGACCUGCUCCAAUCCACCAUGCGAUACUAAGGGGAGACAGUCAUGUCGGUGUUUCAUUACAAACACUGGACGACAAAUCCUUUGAUCACGGAACCGUGCUAUCCCAAACUCCGCGCCCUGGGAUACCAGUGCCAUCAGACUGCACAGUUCAAGAACUCACAGAUCUCCUUGCUCCAGUCGGAGCCCAGAUGCUGGUACAAGGCCUACGAGACGGCGUAUACGUACCGCCACACCAGAAUAGAGGAUGGAAAGGCGAGGAGCUUGACCAAGGGCAGCUCAUUCAUGCGCCAAAGAUUAGCAAAGCUGAUGGACAUAUCAGGUGGUCCAGCUGGACGGCGGAUAACAUCGUGCGAGCGAUAAGAGUCCUAGGGUCCGUUUGGACAGAAGCCGUCAGUAAGAAGGGAGAGAAGAAGCGUCUGAUUUUCCAAGACGCCGAAACCGUGUCCCCUGACAAUGUUAAGAUCGAUGGUACUACAGUUCGUUUUAUAGGUCAUGGGCCAGGUUCAUUCAGCGCUCUCGUGUCAGACCAGGGUGACGGUAGCUAUGUUAUUAGGACUUCAGACGAUAAAAUGAUUCGGGUGAAGAAGAUCAAAGUAGAGGGAAAGCCGGAGCGACCGGCUGACGUGGCACUGAAGCCCUACAUCGAAGUUUAA